UUUCCAUUCAGAACCAUGGCCAAUCCCCGUUCCCUCCCCUCGUGGAUACGCGCCAGAAUUUUGAACGAAGAAGCAGAAGAAGAAGAGAGCGCGAGCUCGCGAGACAAGGGUUCGCGAGCCUGCCAGCCGUCUCACCGAGCGUCACCGAGAACGCGCACGUCGACUCCGGCAGCCAUAGCCACCUCGUUCCUGCACCUGCCUUCUGCUUCGCCGUACAAGUCCGCCAUGGCGAUGAGGGCUGCACUGGCUCUUCAGAGGCGGAAGCACUCAGGGUCUCGCAAGUCAUCAGCCUCGUCCAGCACGUCAUCGAAACGAAAAAGCCGGAAAUCGAAGGAUGUAGGGCCAGGAACGAAGAAAAUGGAACUCGAGGAAAAUAGGACUAAACCGAUCUCGAAGGUUUCGGAAACCGCUGCAAGCCCUACAAUGACAGCAGCGACUAGCCACAUGACGACCCGUCACCAACAUUCAAAUGCCAAGAAGAUGGUCAUCAUUGCAAUAGUGCUGUUCCUCACCAGUGGAGCCCUGCUGAUGAUCAUGAUAUGGUCCAAGCCACAUGCCGCCAUAGUGUUCUGCAACACUUCCGAUUGCCUUAGGCAUGCCACUGAGCUCAAGGAGGCCAUGGACACUAGCGUCGACCCCUGCAACAACUUCUACAAGUUCACGUGUGGCUCCUGGAAGCCGAAAAGGGGAGAGCGCUCCAUGGUCGCGCGAGUCUUCGCCGACUCGACCCAAAUCGCCAUGGAAGAGAUGGAAGGCCCCAGCGAGAAGGCCGUGGUGCCAAAGGCGAUGGACUAUUACAAGAGCUGCAUCCAGCUACGCAAUUUGACGCCGACCGACGUAGAACUCUACAUAAACUUCAAGCAGGACCUAGGUUUCUUGUGGCCGGAGAAAAAACAAUCGGACAUCGACGCGCUGCUCCCGUUGCUGAACCUCACUAUCACCUGGAACAUCAACUACCUCUUUCAACUGGAGGCCUUGCCUGCAUACAAGCGGAGGCCGCAGACGCUAUACGUUACGCGUGGCAUACUGAGCCGCAGAUUUUUGGAUCCCACGUGGACACCAGUUACGUUUGCCGAAGUCGUCAGACGGUACUGCGGUGAACUCGGGGUCGAGCCGCCGUCCGACUCGAGCAUCCAGGAACUGAAGGGCACCGUGGAGGACAUCAUAAAUGCCGCGCUCAAACUUCCACCGGGUGCCACGACUGACACGCAGAUUAUGAUGAAGGAAAUUGAGCAGCUGAUGCCCAAACGGGGGUACGACUGGCUCAGCAGCCUGAACAAACUGUACAGUCCCCAGUUCACGUGGACAUCGGACAGCCCAGUUGCUCUGGAAGAUGAAGCAAUACUGCGGAGCGUGUACACCCUGCUUGAGAACUACAAGAAAAAGAGGCAGACGCUCAUGGAAGGCUUAUCAUUCGUGUUCAUCCGAACGUCCCUGUGGCUGGUCGCAGGAAAACCAGAGAUGCGUUACACGUCCGACCCCAAAGCUAGCAGGCGCAGAUGGAAGCUGAUCUGCCUCAAGUAUGCGGCGGCCCACUUCGGCCUGCUCAUUGCGGUCAAGCACAUUUACACGCGCUACAGCAGCAGGGUGCGUGGCAAACUCGCACGUUUCUACCAGAGCAUUCAUAGGGUUAUCAAGGAGCAGCUGGAAGACGCCGAGUGGAUUGAAGCCGCCAUCAAGAGUAAGGCGACCAUCAAAAUCGACGCGCUGACGCUGGACAUGAUGCCAGAGGAGAACUUCUUCUCUGACGUCGAUCUCGCUCGGUUAUACCGGGACUUUCCAAGUAUAGGCACCUCGUACUUGGAAAACUACAUCAAUGUCUCCAAAGCCUACCGGCUCCUCAUCGGCCAUGACUACUUCAUCAGCGUCUACUCCAAGAGGCUCGGGGACGGCUCGCCAAGUCGAUACGACUACUACUACAACAAUGCCUACAUAUCUCUGGGUGCCAUGGAGCCCCCGAUACUCUACCUGAGUGGCACAACAGCCAUGCAGUAUGGCAGCUUCGGCACGCUCAUCGCCGAGUGCAUGGUGCGCUCGUUCGACAAGCGCGGUGUCCUCAGCACGGGCGAAGGCAAGAGAGAGCUUUGGUGGGACUCCCCGGCUUAUAUGCAACGAGUCGGCUGCGACUUGUUAUCUGACCGCAAGUCUGGAGGCAGUGGCACAACCUCUGAUGCGAACACGCUGCCAGCUGGCAGCCACGACCCACGGGAGCUUCGUUUCGCGGCCUUGUUUCCCCUGGCACCGGCACUUACCACAUCGUUCAUUGCGCACCGUAGGGCUAGCAUAAAACACGGCAGGUACGUCCAACACCGCCUGCACGGUCUCGACUACACCGAUGACCAGGUCUUCUUCCUGACCUACUGCCUCAUGACUUGUGCCAGAAACAUCACCGGUGAGACCUGCAAUGUGCCCCUACGACAGAUGCAGAAAUUCGCUAGUGCGUUCCGGUGCAGCCCCGGUUCACCGAUGAACCCAGAGAAAAAGUGCACUUUUUUUCUCGUGACUGUGAAAGCACGUUUUCUUUUUUAUAGUAUUAAUUUCCUUGGUUCACUGCAUUGCUGUUUUUAGAAUGUCGAUUUUAUGAUAGAAACUAAUGACUCAGCUUAGGUGAUGUGCUGUCAACAAUUUCAGUUUUAUCCUCUCAAGAAAAAAAUUUGGCGGCACACAGCAACGCCGGCAAUUAGUAUUGAACAAUCGAGUGCCUCGAAUAGCACAUGGUGCACCCUAACGUACACUUCGCAAUUCUAUUGGCGUUCAAAAUUUCCAAGACACUGUACUUUCCAGUCCCAGGUUUCUUUUCUGACCGUUACAUUGUCAUACUUGAGCAGUUUUUGAUAGCGAGCAUGGAGCCAGCUAUUCACGCAAUAUUGCCUUGCAUGACCAGCUGCUUCGCAGACCUUGCAAAACUAGGUUUCCAGAAAUAGGGGGGCUGUGUGCAGCUGUGCACGUUUCUGAUAGCAUGUGCAGAUGGCGUCAGAGACUUUGGCCGCCUCGAUGCCUUGCAUCCUACCUUAACGACCUGCGUAAUUAAGAUAUCGUUUUAACAAACUGCGAGGAUGACUGGCACUAGCAGUGGACUUUUGCAUGUUUCGCCUUUGUAUAUUAUCUUGAUUUCGAGCGUAAACGCGCUGCACAGUUACUCCUUGAUAAAGAAUCUAAAUAGCGGAGCAGCACAGCUGGCUGAGAAGUGGGCGCCUGUCUGUGUAUCUAGCUUUUUUUAUUCAGAGUGUCCAAACUAUAAUGCACAAAUAUUUAAAAAUAUGCAAAUGCCCCAUAGCUGGACAGAACCAAGGUAAUGUUGCUUGUUGUUGCUUGCAGAUACUCAAACUACUUGCUUUCUGCCUAAUCAGAUAAUUAUCAUUAUUUCACCAACUUCUCAAAUUAGAUGAAAAAUGUCAAUGCGAAAAUUGUAGAGCAAGAUGAAAAAAAGCCAGCAGAUCCCAUGCCAUGUGGGAAUCGUUGUUAUGCGAAGCAGUGUGCGGGGAGCCUAUGAAGUUAACAAAACAACCAUGAGGGCACCAAGACUUAGGUGGCUGUUUCAUGACAGGCAUGUCAUGAGAUUCAUGUCAUUUAUAUCAUUAUUGACAUAUCAUUUUUUUGUCAUACACUUUUGGCAUACUAUAGCAAUUAUGGUACAUACCAAGUUGAUCAAAUGACCAUGAGAGUACGAAGACGUAGGUGGCUGUCUCAUGACCUACAUGACAAGCAUGUCAUGAGAUUCUUGUCAUGACCUAUCAAUUAUGUUCAUUAUACACUCCUGUCAUGCCACGGAAACUUUGCUACAUACCAAGUUAGUGAAACGAGCAUGAGAGCAACAAGACGUAGGUGGUUAGAUAGAUACUGUCAAAGUGGCAAAUGUUGCCAAGAAAUGCUUUCAAUUUAAAAAUCCUGAUACAGCUUUCUGUUGCUCAAUAUGUGCUACACAAAAGUGUUUUUCCGAACAAGAAAGAAGCCCAUGAAUACACGCAAAGAACCUCAAGUGGCCAGUCACAUGGCAAUUUUGUGUGUUUUGUUAACACGUAAUACCUACUUACUUCGACUUUUGUUAACUCAGAAAACCGGACGAUUUGGACUAGCUCUCUUGUCCCGACAGGUGUAUGCAUUUAAUGGCACCAAACACUCAUUCACUUGGACAUAUGUGGCCAUACACCGGUUAAUUCGGACAACCCUCAAAGCAUGAGCAACGUCCAGUGAUUCAAAUGUGCGACAUAAAGAAAGCGAGAGCAGUGCUAGCAUCCAACCUAAAUGAAACAGUGGAGUCUGCAUCUCUAGCCAUCAGUGGAAAGCGGCAGGAAUGCCCGAACGCAUCGUGUUUAUUUGUCUUUGUAGCCUGUAUGCUUGUUUGCCACUGCGCAUGACACCGUGAUCCAUGAUCACGUCAAUAGCUACCGCGCUCCUGUCCACCGCAUUUGCGCCUAACAGCAGUUUCAAGUUAGUGCACGUUGGCCGUGCACCUUCAAAGCUAUGUAGACAGCAUUCAGAAUUGCGGCAUCGAUAGUGACCACAGCUUUGUCUGCAGUGGACACGCAAAGCAGUACUAGUUUUGUUUUGACUCGGUGUGGGUCGCCUGCAUGCCUUCGUAAUUGCAUGGUCACCACCUGACCAUGAUUACAUUGAAAGCGACCACAGUUUCAUCCACAGGGGUUGCAUGGGUUGCAGUUAACAGUAGUUUUGUUUUUACUUAGUGUAAUGCGUAAGCAAUACCGCAGCACGCACACUGCCAUCGAAUCUGCCGGCUCCAUCGUGAUAGACCAUUGUUUGUUGCUGACCAGCUCACUGGGUAAAAAUAUAAUCUGGACGUGCAUGUGGUAGUGAAAAGCAUACCUUGGAUGAAGAUGAGGUGAGGGUCUUGCGCUGUCGAAAGAAGCCACAAGGCCUUUUACUCUUCGACCUCUAAUCGGUCAUGAGAUGACGAGCAUUGCAGUUUUCACACUGUAGCAGUCGCUUCAGCACUUUUUCACACUGCAUUUGUGCAAACUACCCAGAAACAGGAUUUACUUAUUAAUUUGAUUAAUACAAUCAUGUUCGUGUAGUAAGCAUUUGUUUUAUUCUCUUGGUAUCCUCGAUAAUUUGACAUUCGGUUAAUUUGUACUUUCUUGGGGUCCUAUGAAGUCAGAAUUAACGAGAUUCUGCUUGACUGGCCCAUUGUAAUCAAUUACAUUUUUAAAUAAAGUAAUUAUAAUCGUG